GUUCAUUUGAACCUGACUAGCUUCAGAAAAGUGACAACUGAAAGUCUGAUCUACGUUAGGCUUCAAGUCCAUGCAAAAAGUGUCCCAGGCUUCUUAAGGCACUUGAACGCAUCAUCAGCAUCACGUAAACAUAUGGAUGACAUCAGCAUCAACAUCGGCGGCCCAUCACCUUCGUCGUCAUUUCCCAAGAGGACCUCAAAAACUGCGGCGCGCAGCCACGGCGCGAAAAGGAAGUUGACUUCCGCGGAUGAGCGGCGACGCGGUGGCGGCGGCAAGCGCGCCAGGCUGCAAGAGGCAGAGGCCCCUCCUCCUCAAGUACGUGGGCGUGAACGCAGCCUUCCCGCAUCGGCAAGGCACGAGGCAGAGGCCCCUCCUCCUCAGACCCACAGGAAGUUGGACACGAGGACCGGCAUCAAGACUUCGUCUCUGUUCAAACACAACCCGGACAUCCCGCGGAUCGAGAGAGCAGACGUGUCGCAGUUAAGGGAGAAGAUCUUUACUUCGGACUCCUUCUCGGACUUGAACCUGCACCCCCACUUGGUGGCGACGCUGAACAAAGUCCUGAACGUCUCCACGCUGACCAGUGUUCAGAAGCGGACCAUUCCCGCUCUCCUGUCGGGACGAGACGCCGUGGUUCGCUCUCAGACCGGCUCAGGUAAGACGCUGUCCUUCGCCAUCCCGCUCGUCCAGUCGCUGCAGGCGCUGGAACAGAAGGUGUCCCGCUCGGACGGCCCGCUGGCCGUGAUCAUCGUGCCCACCAGAGAGCUGGCCCUGCAGACCUUCAACACCUUCCAGAAGCUUCUCAAGCCCUUCAUGUGGAUCGUUCCCGGGGUCCUGAUGGGCGGCGAGAAGCGCAAGUCCGAGAAGGCCAGACUGCGAAAGGGAAUCAACAUCCUGGUCUCCACUCCUGGACGCCUGGUGGAUCACAUCCAACACACCCUCAGCAUCGCCUUCAGUGCGGUCCGCUGGCUGGUUCUGGACGAGGCCGACCGGAUCCUGGACAUGGGCUUCGAGAAGGACCUGUCAGUCAUUUUAAAUUCUUUGAACUCCACGGGACCGAGCAGACAAAAUGUUCUCUUGUCAGCCACACUAACACACGGCGUGACCCGCCUUACGGACGUGUGUUUGAACGAGCCAAUCAGCAUCCAUCUAUCUGAGCCCGCCCCCUCCGACCUUCCCGCCGUGACCUUGGAACCCCCCUCGGGCGACCAGUCGGAGAGUUUUGCGGUCCCGUCGGCGCUGAAGCAGUUUGUGGCGAUGGUCCCGAGCAAAGUCCGCCUGGUGUGUCUGGCCGCCUUCGUCCUGGACAAAUGCCAGGUCUCGGAGGACCACAAGGUGAUGGUGUUCGUGUCCAGCUGCGAGGAAGUGGACUUCCUGCACUCGCUCCUCGUCGGCGUGCUGUCGGCCAAUCAGAAACCCCCGCCGAGCUUCCUGCGUCUCCACGGCAACAUGCAGCAGGAGGAGCGCUCCGAAGUCUUGUGGAAGUUCUCCUCUGAUGCACGCGGGGUUCUGCUGUGCACGGACGUCGCUGCUCGAGGUCUGGACUUCCCUCAGGUCACCUGGAUCCUUCAGUACACCCCGCCCAGCAGCGCGGUGGAGUAUGUCCACCGGAUCGGCCGCACGGCUCGAAUCGGAGCGAGAGGAAGCAGCCUCCUCCUCCUCACUCCGGCAGAGUCCGCCUUCAUCUCGGAGCUGGCCAAUCACAACAUCAGCCUGGCAGAGAUGAAGCUGUUGGACAUCCUGUCCAGCCUCAUGAGGGACAACACCUACAAGGGGCGGGGCAAGUACCACAGCAAGACCUCCACCAAGGCUUGCGAGCAGGAGAUGCGUGAACGAGCGACGGUCCUGCAGACGCACUUUGAGAACUUCGUCCACGCCAACGCCACGUCUCUGCGGAACGCCAAGAAAGCGCUGCAGUCCUACCUGAGGGCGUACACCAGCUACCCCGCCCACCUCAAGCACGUCUUCCACAUCCGCGCCCUCCACCUGGGACACGCCGCCAAGAGCUUCGGCCUGCGAGACGCUCCACGUGGCCUCAGCGCCGCCGGCCCGCCCAGGAAGGAGGGGAAGGCGAAUGCCAGGCGAGGCGUCAAAAAGACCAGCGCGCCGAAGAAGUUCUUUUCAGGUCAGAAGAACCGCGCCUUGCUUCGCUCGGAGUUCUCCAGCGGCUUGGACGCGCCCAAGAAGAAGAAGACGAAGAAGGAAGAGGAGCUACAGUGACCACCUGCGUAUUCUUCAGUCAUGUGACAUUCGAAUUAAAGAAGACUAGGGAGGAGGAGAUGCAGUCACCGCCUGUGAAUUUAGUCAUGUGACAUUCAAAUUAAAGAAGGAGGAGCUACAGUCACCACCUGUGAAUUUAGUCAUGUCACAUUCAAAUUAAAGGAGGAGCUACAAUCACCGUAUUCUUCAGUCAUGUGACAUUCAAAUUAAAGAAGACUAGGGAGGAGGAGCUACAGUCACCACCUGUGUAUUUAAUCAUGUGACAUUCAAAUUAAAGGAGGAGCUACAAUCACCGUAUUCUUCAGUCAUGUGACAUUGAACUGAAAGGAGGAGGAGCUACAGUCGUGUGACAUUGAAGUGAAAGGAGGAGGGGCUAAAGUCAUGUGACAUUGAAUUGCAAGGAGGAGGAGCUAGAGUCAUGUGACAUUGAAGUGACAGGAGGAGGAGCUACAGUCAUGUGACAUUGACGUAAAAGGAGGAGGAGCUAGAGUCAUGUGACAUUGAACUGAAAGGAGGAGGAGCUAGAGUCAUGUGACAUUGAAGUGAAAGGGGGAGGAGCCAGAGUCAUGUGACAUUGAAGUGAAAGGAGGAGGAGCUAGAGUCAUGUGACAUUGACGUAAAAGGAGGAGGAGCUAGAGUCAUGUGACAUUGAAGUGAAAGGAGGAGGAGCUAGAGUCAUGUGACAUUGAAGUGAAAGGAGGAGGAGCUAGAGUCAUGUGACAUUGAAGUGAAAGGAGGAGCUAGAGUCAUGUGACAUUGAAGUGAAAGGAGGAGGAGCUAGAGUCAUGUGACAUUGAAGUGAAAGGGGGAGGAGCUAGAGUCAUGUGACAUUGAAGUGAAAGGGGGAGGAGCUAGAGUCAUGUGACAUUGAAGUGAAAGGAGGAGGAGCUAGAGUCAUGUGACAUUGAAGUGAAAGGAGGAGGAGCUAGAGUCAUGUGACAUUGAAGUGAAAGGGGGAGGAGCUAGAGUCAUGUGACAUUGAAGUGAAAGGAGGAGGAGCUAGAGUCAUGUGACAUUGACGUAAAAGGAGGAGGAGCUAGAGUCAUGUGACAUUGAAGUGAAAGGAGGAGGAGCUAGAGUCAUGUGACAUUGAAGUGAAAGGAGGAGCUAGAGUCAUGUGACAUUGACGUGAAAGGGGGAGGAGCUAGUCAUGUGACAUUGACGUGAAAGGGGGAGGAGCUAGAGUCAUGUGACAUUGAAGUGAAAGGGGGAGGAGCUAGAGUCAUGUGACAUUGACGUGCAAGACAAAGGUGACUGCCUGGCGACACGUGCAAACAACUUUUUGAGGAAUAAAUAGUAAACAUUGA